AUGGCAGUGUCUGCAGCAGCAAAGCCCAAGGCGGCUUCCGCAAAAUCAAAGGCCAAUGCCGCCGCUUCCGCCACCGCCGAUGCAAAGCAAAAGAGCUCGCAGAUGCACCGCCGGUCAAGAACGGGCUGCUACACAUGCCGUCUGCGGCGCAAGAAGUGCGACGAGGGCACUCCUCUCUGCACUGCCUGCAAAAACCUCGGCCUGACUUGCGAGUACAAGCGGCCGCACUGGUGGGGCAACAACGAGGCCCGGCGCAACCAGAAGGACGACAUCAAGAUGAUCAUCAAGCGCAAGAAGCUGUCCGAGAAGGCCGCGUCGUCCAUCCACACCUCCGUCGUCGGCUCCCCGCCGGGCCUGUCGCUCUCCAGCAGCUCCAUGCCCACCUCUGCCACCUUUUCGGACCAGCUGGACCGCACGCGCUCCGCCUCCAUCGACUCGCACUACGCCGCCGCCGCCUUUGACUUCAACAGCCCGCCCACCUCGUCUUCCGAGUACGGCGGUGUCAUGACCAACGGCGACAGCAGCAGCGCCUUCUCGACGCCGCAGAUGCACCCGGACUUUAUGUUUGGCAGCGGCUUUGCGCCCUACGAGGUCGACAUCAAGACCGAGCGCCAGAUGUUUGUCAACGACGUGCCCACGCUGCACGAGUCCACCACGUCCACCUUCAGCACCUACCACACGCCUCCGCCGCCCGGCACCGUCCUGCCGCCCUACCCCAUGCCGGCGAUGGACGGCAGUGGCCUCGUGGUCGACCCGGCCGUCGGCCUGGGCAUGACGGGCGUCCCCGUGGACCCGCAGCACAUGCAGGCGGCCAUGCCGGUGGUCCCCAGCGUCGGCGGCGGCGAGUGGAUGGAGCAGGUGUAUUCGGAGCGCCGCGAGAGCAUGACGGAGGAGACACUCAACGUGAACUUCUUUGACUUCCCGCACGCCAACUCGCGCCAGGUCGCCAUCGAGCUGGACGAGGGCGACCAGUGCCUGCUGGACCACUUUGUCCAGUACGUGCUGCCCACGCUCUUCCCCAUUCUCGAGGCCAACCAGCACGGCGCCGUCGGCUCCGACCUGAUCCUGCCCGCCCUGCAGAGCAACAAGUGCUACCUGCACUGCUGCCUGAGUGUCGCCGCGCAGCACUUGAAGGCGGUGCUCAGCAGCGCGCCGUCGGCACAGGCGCAGCAGGUGCAGCUGGGCGGCCAGCCCGCCCAGCUCGUGCCCACGGCCGACCUGGACGCCGACAUUAUGCGCCACCGCUACGCGACCAUCUCGGCGCUGUGCCACGCGCUGCCGCGCGACGAGAACCACCAGCAGGUGCUCGAGUCGGCGCUCGCCCUCAUCUUCUUCCAGUGCAGCGUCGGCCGCUUCGACGACGCCCUGCCGGACGUCCCCUGGCACCAGCACUUCCAGGCAGCGGCCUCGCUCGUCCAGAAGCUGGACCUGCCCGCGCAGGUGACGGCCGCGACCACGGCGCCGCCGCCGCCGCCUGUCACGGCUGUCGAGGACGGCGCUGCUACUGCUACCACCGCCGUGCCUGUCGAUGCGGGCACUGUGAGUGUGGCCACCACGGGCGACGCCACGCAGUCGACGCCCUUCAACAUGACGCUCAUGUCCUGGGUCGACAUUCUGGGCGCCACGAUGCAGGGCCGGGCGCCCGUCUUUGCGCACACGUACCGCGAGAAGCACCUGUCGCCGCCGCACCUGUCGUCGCUCGGCCUGCGCGAGCUCAUGGGCUGCGAGGACCGCGUCAUGUACCUGAUCUCGGAGAUUGCCUGCCUCGAGGCGCUCAAGGCCGGCGGCAUGGACGACAUCAUGCUCUGCCACCACGUCAGCGUGCUCGGCGACCAGAUUGGCCUGACGGAGAUUGGCGAGGCGCCGGCCAAGCUGCCCUUCAACGCCAACGGCUCGCUGAGCCCCAAGCAGCUCAUCAAGAACAUCACGGCCGCCUACCGGCUGGCCGCGCGCAUCUACCUGUGCUCGCUCGUGCCCGGCUUCUGCCCCUCGCAGGCCAGCUGCCGCGGCCUCGUCGACAAGCUGACGGCCGUCCUGCAGACCAUCCCCUGCGGGCCGGCCGGGUUCGACCGCUGCGUCGUCUGGGUGUAUCUGAUGGCCGGCUUUGCCUCCAUGCCGGGCUCGACCUUCCGCGUCUUCUUUGCCGACCGCAUUACCCAGAUGGGCGAGACGGCCGCCAGCGUCGGCUCCUUUGGCCGCGCCGUGUCGCUGCUGCACGAGACCUGGCUGCAGCAGAACGUGCUCAUCCAGAAGCUGCUCGACGACCAGGAGCAGCGCCGCCAGCAGCGCCAGCAGCAAAAGGCGGCCGCGGCCGCAUCGUUGUCGUCGUCGUCGUCGUCGUCGUCGUCGCCUGUCCCGGACACCGCCGACGACGAGGCCGACCUGCUCCCACCGCAGUAUGUGCACUGGCGCGAAGUCAUGCAGAUGAAGGGCUGGGAUUUCCUCCUCAUUUGA